AAAUCACUGGUUGCUCUGGCUGUCCCCCCGCCCCCCAACCCAGUUCCCUGGUGGUCCCACACUGUGCCAUUGGCACACUGGCCACGUGCUGGGGCCUGGCUUCUGCACUCCACCAGCACUCGUGAAGUCCUGGAAAGGAUGCAAGUUCCCUGCAGUUCUUGCCAUCUCUGGGAUAUUGUAAAUCAGUUUUAAGAUCCCAUCCAAGCUGAUGCUUUGUACCUAGCCUGCCAGCUCGGAGGACAGAAAGGCAGCUGCUUGCUGCUGCACAAUGUGAUAGGAAGCAGCAGUCGUGCCAUGAAUGCCAGCAGAGCUGACAGCUCUUCAUGGGGCAGGAUGUGAUAUCUUUGUGCUGAUUCUGGCAUGCUAAAACCUUUCCUUUGCUUUUUCUUCAUCCAGCAAGCUUACAGAAUGCCCUGUGUGUCUGGGGCUGAAAAUGAUGCAAGCUGCGCAAAGUGGGCCAAGGACCAAUGCUUUAUUUCCAGCUUUGGAGCUUCCAAAGCAUUGAGACAAUGCAGGCACCUGGAGCAGAGGAGUGCUGCCCCCAGCCCUGCUGCACUGCUACAAGACCUCCUGGAGCUGAGUGCCUCUGCCAGGGGUUGUAGCAGUGCUGACACAGGGAAAUCCUGUCUCCCACAGCUCCCCUCAAGGCCACGCAUCCUAUAGAUGAGCUGGCCCUUCCUGUGCUGUCUCCCUGAACGAGCCCUGUGCGGUGCUGAGAACAAUGUCCUCAGGCAGGAAGUGCCUUCGGGUGCCUGUCACCUCUGCUGCCUCCUGUGUCAAUCCUGCAGUCCCUCCCCCAGCUUAUAAGUGCUCUUCCAGGGCACUGACUCAUUCUCUGUGUGCUGAAACGUGUUUAAAGGAGGAAGGAAGAGGAGAGCAGAGCAGUGACUGCUGUGUGCUGUGCAUAGAAGCAUGGUCUCAGCCCAUAGUGGGGGUUGUUUCAGUCCUGCUCUUAUACUGGCUGUAGAAGUCACCAUGAUGCUCCCAUGGGCACCUCUCUUGUCUGUCAGAUACCUGCUUUAAGGGUCCUUUUAAGAACUUUUUUUUAAGACUUUGUAGACCAAUGCAGGAACUGAUAUAUUUUUCUUGUGCUUUUCUUGGCUUCACCAUUAUAAGAGCAAUGGGCAUUUUCUAGGAACGAUUAUGGUUGCUUGGUUUUUGAGUGGUAGUUGCUGGGUGCUUUUGAAUGGAGUUGAUGUGUGAGUGUACUGGGACACGUGGUGCUAUAAGAUGGGACCAGGUCUCACUUCAGAGAGGACUGUUUUGUCUAGGGGAUCUCCAGCAGCACCUGCAGGCCAUGUUCAUACUGCUCCGCCCAGAAGACAACAUCAGACUGGCUGUAAGACUGGAAAGCACGUACCAGAACCGCACUAGAUACAUGGUGGUCGUAUCCACCAACGGCAGACAGGACACGGAGGAGAGCAUCGUCCUGGGAAUGGAUUUCUCUUCUAAUGACAGUAGCACUUGUACGAUGGGUUUGGUGCUGCCGCUGUGGAGUGACACCUUGAUCCACCUGGACGGGGACGGCGGGUUCAGCGUAUCCACAGAUAACAGGGUGCACAUAUUCAAGCCGGUGUCUGUGCAGGCGAUGUGGUCUGCUCUGCAGAGUUUACAUAAGGCGUGUGAGGUGGCAAGGAGCAACAAUUACUACCCAGGGAGCCUCUUCCUCACGUGGGUCAGUUACUAUGAGAGCCACAUCAACUCCGACCAGUCCUCGGUCAAUGAGUGGAAUGCUAUGCAAGAUGUGCAGUCCCACCGGCCGGACUCGCCCGCCCUCUUCACAGAUGUCCCAACCGAGCGGGAACGGACAGAACGACUCAUUAAGACCAAGUUAAGGGAGAUCAUGAUGCAGAAAGAUCUGGAGAACAUCACGUCAAAAGAGAUACGCACGGAGCUGGAGAUGCAGAUGGUUUGCAACCUGCGGGAGUUCAAAGAGUUCAUUGACAAUGAAAUGAUAGUGAUCCUCGGGCAGAUGGACAGCCCCACUCAGAUAUUUGAUCACGUCUUUUUGGGCUCUGAAUGGAACGCCUCCAAUCUGGAAGACUUGCAGAACAGAGGGGUGCGGUAUAUUUUGAAUGUGACUCGAGAAAUAGAUAACUUCUUCCCUGGCCUUUUUGAGUACCAUAAUAUUCGGGUGUAUGAUGAAGAAGCAACAGAUCUUCUGGCUUACUGGAAUGAUACCUACAAAUUCAUCUCCAAGGCAAAGAAAAACGGUUCCAAGUGCCUGGUGCACUGCAAGAUGGGAGUGAGCCGCUCGGCCUCCACGGUCAUCGCCUACGCCAUGAAGGAGUAUGGCUGGAACCUGGACAGGGCUUACGACUACGUGAAGGAACGGCGCACGGUCACCAAGCCCAACCCCAGCUUUAUGAGGCAGCUGGAGGAAUACCAGGGCAUCCUGCUGGCAAGCAAGCAGCGGCACAACAAGCUGUGGCGUUCACACUCCGACAGCGACCUCUCAGACCACCAUGAGCCCAUCUGCAAGUCAGGGCUGGAGCUGAACAAGAAGGAGAUCACUACCUCGGCCGACCAGAUCUCCGAGGCCAAGAGCAACGACAACCAGCAGCCCGUGGCUCCCAUCUACCCCGCUGAGCUGGACCGGGAGCAGCUCACGGAGGAUGCGAAUGUAAUCAAGGAGAGUUGUGUGAAAGAAAGGAGGAUCCACCUGGAGUUCAUGUGCAGAGACUUUCGUGUGGAGCAGAUGGAGGACAAGCUGAACCUGAACAACAUCAAUGGCUGUACGGCAGGGUGCUGCGUGGAUUCUGUCCCUCCCGAUAACUGCCAUGCUUCUGAGGCCUUAAUGCAACUCCAGCACCCCUUGGAAAUAACAGAAUUUCCUGAUUUGACUGUAGACGAUCUGGAAAAAGAUGCCCUUAAGCCUGAUAUGAAUGUGCACUUGGUUCCCAUGGAAGAAUUCACUUCGUGCUUAAAAGACUCUCCCCAGUCCCCAAACCAAAACGCACCGAGUCCGCAGCAGAACACCCAGCCUGAAGGGACGGACCUCAGUGCAGACAGGAUCGACUUCUUCAGUGCUUUGGAGAAAUUCGUGGAGCUCUCCCAGGAGAGCAGGUCACGCAGCUGCUCCCACUCCCGGCCGGAGGAUCAAGGUGCUGGGAGGAACGGAGCAGCCAGGCUGCCUGUGCUGGAAGUGCUGCCUGCUGCAGACCUGGGUGCAGACACUCAAAGGAACAGCUCUGGAAACUCCCCUCAGGCAUCAGAUGACUCUUCCACGGAUGAAGAGCAACAAAAGGAGGUCCCUGAGCUGCCUGGCAGCGGCCAUCUCACACGGUCCCACUCAGAAAAUGCCAUUUCGGUGAAGGAAAUCAUCACAGAGAUCGAGUCCAUCAAGCAGGGAGUGGGGCCUGCUCAGCAGAAGGAGGGUUCCACCAACCUCACCCCGACACCAAAGAGGAACACGGUGCACGACCUGCCGGUGGAGGCAAUUUGGGUGUCGGAAAGGGUGGAUCAGAGCGAAGGACACCAGGAAAAGGAGAAGGAUCCUCUGCAGGCUGAGCAAGAAACUGCUCCCUCAGCACAGCUCUUGUCCUCUAAGUCAGAGCUGGAGGAGGGUGAGCAGCACAGCGUCCACCCCGAGCCCAAGUGGUGUCCCGGCUCCGUCCGCAGAGCCACGUUGGAGUUUGAGGAGCGCUUGAGGCAGGAGCAAGAGCACCAGCACGUGUCCACAGUGUGCACCCUGCUGACCCGCAAGAACUCCAGGAAUGACUCUGCUGCUGCUGAGCUGCUGCUGCGGGGGAGGACGGAGGAGCUGCCCCUGGAGGUGGCUCCGGAGGGCGAUGCAGUGCAGGGCUCUGAGGAGCCGCUGUCCUUGGGGGCAGAGCAGCCUGCAGGCAGGCAGCUGCACACACCCCUCGCCCACCCCACGGAGCCCAGCCUGGGGCAGGAGGAGCGCAGGCUGGUAGUCUCGUUUGAUGGCACGGAGGAGCCGGCCCUGCCCUCCCUCCUUCCCAAAAGAAUUGAAAUCAUUGAGUUCACUCCUAUGGUCAGGGCUGCUGAGAGCCGUGAUGCAGGUGUUGGGCGGCCUGCAGCACUCCCACUGCUGGAUGAAAACUUGAACCCUUCGCUGUGCUCCGAGAAGGCAGCGACCUCUCUCAGAGCUCUGGUACAUCUACCGCUGCCGGAGCAUGCGGUGCAGCAGCAGCAGGCCGCCUGCACCCUGCUCAGCCCCAGCGAGGAAGGCACUGCCUUGUCCUUUCCCCUUGGUGCUGCUUCCAACUCUGCCCAGCCCUCCUGCGUGCCAUCAGCCAGCCCCAACAGCUCUGCAUUGCCCUGCGUGAUCCACCUGGAGGGUGUCACUGAGCAGAGCACGAGCACAGACGAUGAGCCGACCACACUGUGCAGCACUGUGGGAGCUGUGGCUCUUCCAUUCAGGGACGGCAGCCAGGCUCCGUGCCAUGGUGGUGCUGGCUCCUCCACCAGCCUGCACACCACAAACGUGGACCUUUUGGACAUCUCCUUCCUGUGCUGCAGCCUGCCCCACAGCUCCAGCAGCCACAGUGUGGGGGAGCGCAGCAGCAGCCCUGGGCUGGUCAAGCAGAGAGCGAAGGAAAUAGAGGCACGGAUCCGGCACGCAGGGCUCACCACCCCGUCCCAGAUGAAGCGCUCGGCAUCCUUGGCCAAACUGGACUGCCUGGACCUCUCCAAGGACGACUUAUCUGAGAGGGAGGCAGCUUCCCGCUGCUCCAGCCCCAUCCUCCUCACCUGCGUGUCCCUGGGUUCGGGCUUCCACAAGGGGAGAUCAGAGCAGAGCUUGGAGAGCAGCCCGUGCAGGAAACACCACCCAUCCUCCCCACCCACCCUUGGGGAUCCCAAACCUGCUCAGCAUUUUGUGGAGCAGCUCAGAACAGCUGAGUGCAUUGCUCAGAGCAAACCUGUGCAGCGCCCGCUGGCUCAGUACGCCAAAGAAUGCGGCUCCAGCCAGCACAGCUCAGCUCCCAGCACUGGUCCCGCAUGGACUGCCCCCCAGGAGGGACCCUCCGUGUCGGCAGCGCCCCGACAGCAGCACGGUAGAACUCACCCAUUGAGGAGACUCAAAAAGAGCAGUGAUAGAAAGCGGACAACCAAUCCCCUGUAUAACACCAUGUGAUUGUGAGCACUGCGUGCUUCCAUCCGGGGAGCUGCGCCACGAUCACUCAAGGGGGCAGGUGUAAUAUAAGGAACAUGCACUUUAUUGGUUAAUUUUAUAUCUAUAUAUAUAUAUAUAUAUUGUCAUUUUACCAUUCUGGCGCAUGUAGGUGUGGGUUGGUUCUUGUGUGUGUGAUCUGACUGCAGGACUGUUGGUUGGUUUUGUUUUGUUUUUUUAUGAUGCUGUUGUUUUUUAUGAACUCGGAUAACCUCAGACGUUCUUUUAGUUGUUGGUUUGUUUUAAAAGAACACCUCUCUAUGCUGAAACCAGCUCCAUCUCAUUGCAGCGGGGCAGAGGUUUUGCUCACAACCAGCUCCUCCAUCCUCACUUGAAUCAGCCCCGUGCCUCGAGGUGGUGCUUCACGACUGUGAAGGCUGUGCCAAGUCCCCUUUGUUCGCUUUGUGCUGCAGGCUGGAGCUGGAUGGUGCUGGCAGGUCCCUUAUGGAGCCCAGUUCUGCCCGUGUGCCCCAACAGGAGCACAACAGGGGUUGGGCUCGGGGCCCCCCAGCUCUGCCCUCACCUCCCCCAGCUGAGAGCCCACAACCGGAGUGUUCUUCUAAAACAAACACCUCAAUGGGGCACGAGCCCUCCCGUUACUUGAAUACUGCUGUGGGCCUUCCACGUUCAUGGCCAUAUCAUGUCCUCUGCUGCCUUCCUGCCCCCCAGAGCUGCCCCACAUCCCCUCCCACCCCUUUGCAUCCCAGAGGCCGUUGUAGUUGUUACACGUUGUGUUCCCACACUGAAUGCAAAGCUUUGUCCUCUGCUGUCACUCCCAGCCUGGAGGGCAGAUCUUUCCUGGAAGAGUUUGGUUUUGCUAAAUUGUAUAUAUGAUAUUUAUAUAGAUUUUUUUUUUCUUGUUUCUAUGUUGGUUAUUAUUUUGUUUCCUUAUUAUUUUUUUAAAGGGCAAGACUGCAUUCUGUAAACUGGAAAACAGCUCCACUUUUCCUCCCCCUCAGUGCUGUCUAUGGCAAUCUGCACCCACAUGGAGCAGCUUUGGCCCAACAUCUCCAGCCCUGGCUUCUCUCUGAGCCGUUCUGCAGCUCCUGGCCUCCCCCAGACCCCACACGGUUACUCCCUGUUCCAUCCUGCUCUGCUCUGCUCUGCACUGCCUGCUGCCUGGCCCUGCCAGGAGCUGCACAACGACACUCCUGCUGCCUUGCUGCAGCCCCAGUGCAUGUCUUGCUGUAGCUCCUCAUGCUGCCCUAGCAGUGCUGGCUGCAGUGCAGCCCAAGGGUUGGGUAGCACUGGGCCAUGUCUUGCUGCAGGGCUGCAUUACUCCUGGUGGCUCCAGCUGGUCUUGGAGCCAGGCAGGUGGCACAGAAAGACCAUGUGCCCCAGGGGCAGCUACAGCCCUCACCUUGGCUUUCUCCACCUGCUUUGCUCCAUGGAGAUGUGCCCUUUUUUCUUCCCAGAGCAGUGAUGCUGCAGGGCCGUGCUGUCCCCUUCUCCCCAGCCCAGCCUUGUUCCCUCCUACCAUUACAAUGGCACCGGGGAGCUCUGAACCCGCUGGCAGGAUGGGUGCACAGUGCUGGGUGCUCAGCCAAAGCCACCGAGCUCAGAGCUCCCCCCGGGGCUGUGCACCCCCAUCUCUCCCUUUGCUGGUGGGGUUUUGGGAGGCCUGUGGUGUUUGAAGGGCAUUUUGUACAAAGCAGCCGUUCCUUUGGUCUCACAAAGCCCUCCUGGAGGACGCUCAGUUGUUUACAUUGACUCCUGUACAAUAUCUCAGCCAUUGCCCCCCCCCCAACCUCCACCCGUACUGUAAGUGUGAGCCUUGCACAGACGGAUCGCGCCCGUGUCCAACUGGUUUUUACACUGUGUUCUGUUGCACUCGAUGGUGUGUGUGUGUGUGUGUGUGUGUGUGUGUCCCAUCCCCUCCCCAAGUCGUCCCAUGUACAGACCCCCCCCCAGCCCCAUCCUGGAGGUGACCCCUGGCAGAAGGGAUCCUACGAGGCACCAUUGGGCUGUAGCACUGGGAUAGGGCUGUGCUCCUGGCUGGUGCCUUUACAUCCCUGCCACGUCUGUGUGCUCAGCUGUGACGGGGAUGGAGCCCAUCUGAGCCCCCUGGGUGUCUCUCGGUGCCUGGGAUCAUCCCUUCUCCCCCCCCGUUACCCCUCCAAGAGACUUUAUGACCGAUGUGCUCCGCUGUUUUUAAAUGUGAACUUGUGCACCGACGUGCAGAUUCAAUGUUCUUGUUACCGAAUGAAUAAAAGUUUUAUUUUGACAACGA